GCUACACUUGUUAGGCAGUCCUGAUGACUAAGGACUGUGGUGUGGGAUGGAUGCUUCCGAGUGCCCUGGAACACUUACAGAAAGUCGACAAGCUUAGUAGGUUAUGAAACUAGUCUUCUUGCUUGAAAAUGCUGUAAUAACAUCACUUGGGGCAGUCUGCAUUCUCCUCAAGAAUCACCCAGCUGAGUGCUGUCUGACCUACUUUUUACCAGCAGACCCAUCACUAGGAUCUCAUCAUACUCUGGCAAAGAAAGCACAAACUCUGACUGAAGAAGAAAUAACUUACACACCAAAAGAAUUGCAAGAUUUUGCUAUUAAAUAUGAGCAAAAGCCUGGGGAAUGUGUGUGGACGUGGAUUCUAAGAAUGUGAGAUAAAGGAAAAACACUAACUACCUUGGGCCAAAUUUACUGAUACGGGUGCACUUAAAUUGAUAUAUUCUGGAUUUGAUGUGUUAGGACAUAUAGCUGGACAUGGCUCUAUACUUGAUGGGUUCACCAAAAAAACUCAGUGGUGGCCUUCAUUUAAUGAAGUUGAGAUACCAAAGCUUCCCUGGCUUUGUGCAGAGGGAAUUCAAAGACAGGGAGAUAGGAGUGUCAGAGUAGACAUAUUUUGUGUGACCUGCAUACCAUCCCCCACCUUCCCUAACUACACUCCCUGAGAGCGCCAGCUUAAAACAACAACCAUUUAAUAUAUCUCACCGUUUCUAAGGGUCAGGAGCGGUUUAGCACUGGCUCAGGGUCUCCCACAAGGCUGCAAUCAAGAUGUUGGCUGAGACUGUAUUAUUUAAAGGCUUGCCUGGCUGGGGCUGAGGGAUCUGUUUCCAAGAUGGUUCACUCACGUGGCUCUUGGCAGGAGGCCUCAGUUUGUCACUGCAUGAGCCUCUCCACAGCAGUCUGAGUGUCUUCAUAUCACAGCAGCUGGCUUCCUCCAGAGCAAGUGACCCAAGGGAGAAAGAGCAAGGCAGAAAAGCCACAGUGUCAUGCAGAGACUUGGAAGUGAGGCUGUAUUCUAUUGAUCACAUAGACCAACCAUGAUACCUGUGGGAGGGGACCACACAAGGGCAAGAAUUCCAGAGGCAGGGAUCCCUGGGAUCCACCUUGAAAUCUGGCUAUCACAGCAGCUUGGCCUUCCACCAGCUAACUUUGCUGUUUUCCUUCCCUGUAGACACUCUUGUGAGGCUUCUGAGGGCUAGGCUCAGGGAGUCAGUCUGAUCAUGGUUUAGUGGAGGUUUGGUUUAUGCAUCUUGGGACUAUGUUGAAGUGAUGGGCUAAGAACUGUGUGAAGAACUUCAGUGAGAGAAAUUAAUACUGUGCAUUUUCCCCCCAACGUUGAAGAUUAUAGUGGGACCAUGGAUCUGUUUGGAGACAUAGAUGACAUUUCUUCAGAGAGUGACGGGGACAGUAAACCACCCAUUUCAGGACAGCCUGUUACUGAUGGACGUGGAGUGCCUCAGGACCAGCAGGAGGAAGAGCCAAUAUCUGAAACCAAAAUAGAAGUAGAAAUUCCCAGCAUCAACUCUGAUUUAGGAAAUGAAUUGUACUUUGUUAAACUACCCAAAUUUCUCAGCAUAGAACCCAAGCCUUUUCAUCCUCAGUAUUAUGAAGAUGAGUUUGAAGAUGAGGAAGUGCUUGAUGAAGAAGAUAGAACCAGGUUAAAAUUAAAGAUAGAAAAUACUAUACGAUGGAGGAUACGCCGGGACAAAGAAGGAAAUGAAAUUAAAGAAAGCAAUGCUCGGAUAGUCAAGUGGUCCGAUGGAAGCCUGUCCCUGCAUUUAGGCCAUGAGGUGUUUGAUGUUUACAAGGCCCCGAUGCAGGGCAAUCACAACCACCUGUUCAUUAGGGAAGACACUGGUCUGCAGGGACAAGCCAUCUUUAAGUCCAAACUCACUUUCAGACCUCAGGCUACAGACUAUGCCACACAUAGAAAGAUGACCCUGCCACUUGCUAAUAGAUGCUCGAGGACACAGAAGAUUAGAAUCUUACCAAUAGCUGGUCGUGAUCCUGAAUGCCAGCGCAGAGAGAUGAUUAAGAAAGAAGAAGAACGUUUGAGGGCUUCUACUCACCAGGAGACCAUCCAUCUGCGGGAAAAGCAGAACCAGCGGGGGCCAAGUGCCCUCUACCAGGGCCCCAGCAGUGAUGAGGAGGGUGAAGCCAGAAAGAGCCAUGGCCGAGGGGAACGCCGAGAGGAAAGGGCCAGAACCUAUUCUUCAGAGCGUGAUGAGGGACCAGAUGAAGAUAAGGCUCAAAGAUCGCCGAGAGCAAAGAAACUCACCAGUGAUGGGGAGGUGAACCCUCCAGAAAGAGGAAAGCAGGCGGCGAAGAAGAAGAGGAUGACUGAAGCAUGAAACGCGUGCUUGCUAAAAACAAUUUUUUAAGUGAAGUGGCAUUUGAAAUGAGGAGCAAAACUGGACAUUACCGAACUUACAGAGAACGGAAAUUGCUAUGGAUUCUAGAAAAACAAUGAUCCUUGUAUCUGCUGGGAGGUAACAGUGAUUCCUGAUUUUAUAAGGAAAAAGUGAGGCAGUCCUGGGACCACAGAGCGAAAAUUUAAAGAUUUUAUGAAACCUCAUGAAUUAUUUAAUCUUAUUUUAAUGGUAGCAAGGGUUAAAUAUAAUGUACAAUAGAACAUGACUAACAUUUUAUCAAAACAUUUUUUCUUUUAUAAUUUUCAGUAUACCAUGGACUCCCCUUUUUAAAUGAAAAAAUAUCAGAUGCUGUCCACGGAAAAACAAUAUACAAAGCUCUAUACAUGUAACUUUUCCAGAGGACAACUACUGCACAAAGCAAGUAUGUGGAUUAUUUCAUUCAAAUAACGAGAAUCUGCAAUUUAACAAUCAAGAUAUAAUUCUCCUUAAAAUCUCCAACAAUCUGCUAAUUUUUUAAACACAAAAUGUUUAUUUGGUCUUUUAAACGACAGGCACCGCACCCUUAGAAAAUGUAUUUCACCUGUGAAUUAGACUUCUACUAGGCUUU